UAAGAUUUAUAGAAUUAACUAUAAAUCCAUUUAUUUUAGCCAGACUUAAAUAUAUUUUAUUUCUGAGGAUUUUUUCGGAAACACUAUUCCGGAAUCCUACCGGAAAUAAGUUGGCAAAUAGAAUAGCAUUUCCUUUUAUGACGAGGCAAUUUCGGGAGAACGGUGAGAUAACAGUCGAGACAACAUUUUAAUUUUUUAUAAGAUUCAGAAGCUACGGAAAAUAAGUUAAAUUGUAGAAAAAACAUGCCAAAAGAAAAAUCAACGAGGGCGAAAAAGAAGAAGGGAGGUGAUGUUAUGAGAAAGGGGCGAACAAAUAAAAAUGUGGAAGGUCCAGUUGAAUUUCAAGAGCAGACGACAAUGGAGACAUCAACAAAUAACGGAUUUGAGGGAGAAAUGGAUGUAUCACCCAGAGAUGAACCAUCGGGAUUCCGCAUGGAGAAUUCCAGGGAAACCAUUCGAGGAAUUGGCUCCACAAGCAAACAAGAUACCAGAAAAAAUACCAGUAGAAUUUCAGCAGUUGAUGUUAGAAAUGAAGUAAACAACUUGUUACAUCUAGCAACAGCCCCAAAUACUCAGGAAACAUACAACCAGGGACUAAGAUGCUUUGAGGAAUUCCAGGAUUCCCUAAACCUUAGCAAAAUAUGGCCCCCUACGUUAGAGCAAAUAGUUCUAUUUAUAGGUUAUAUGUCAGCAAAACAUCUCUCAGUGGCAACAGCUAGAACUUACAUUUCAGCUAUUUCUUACAAACUAAAAAUUCAAAACAAUAGGGAUGAAACUCAAAGCUUUCUGGUUAAGAAACUCUUAGAAGGAUUCAGAAGAAAGGUCAAGAAAAAUGAUGCCAGACUGCCAAUUACAUCAAAUAUAUUAAAUCAAAUACUACAAAGUUUGCACUUGGUUUGUACAAACUACUAUGAAUGCAAACUGUUUCAAGCCGCCUACACUUUAGCAUUUUUUGGUUUCUUUAGAGUUGGAGAAAUGACAGUAAAAAACCAAAAAGAUCUGGGACAUGCAAUUGAAUAUGAAGACAUAACAAUGUUUACAGAAGAAAAUAAAAUCCAAAUAAAAUUAAAGCAUUCCAAAGUGGAUCAAAUAGGGGAAGGAGAAACAAUUACUAUUCAGAAUAGCCAAUUUGGGUCUCAAAUACAACCAAUUAAGAUUAUUCAAGAAUAUCUAGCAAUACGACCUUCAGUGCAGGGGAAGUUGUUCUGUCAUUUUAGUGGACAACCAUUAACUAGAUACCAAUUUACGGCAGUUUUAAAUAAAGUUUUGUCGAUAAUAGGGUUAGAAGGUAAAAAAUACAAGUCUCAUUCAUUUAGAAUUGGGGCAGCAACCAGUGCAGCAAUGUUUGGUAUGUCAGAGGAAGAAAUCUGUAAAGCAGGAAGAUGGAAAUCUAAAGCAUACAAAAUUUAUGUUAGGAUGUAAUCAUAAUAUAAAUGUAGGUGUAACCCUUAAGACUGUCAUAUGUUUAAGUAUAUAUGAAAAUGGUUUCAAGUCAUAUAAUUAUAUAAUCUUGUCAUGUCUCUAUAUAUACACUUUCAGAACAACAGGUAUGGGUAGUGGGCUCAUCAAUAGUCAAAAGAGCAUUUUUAGCAGCUAGAAUCAGACCAGAUGGAGUUAACUUGGGACUAAUGGAUAGAUUAAAUGUGUCUAUUUGGUGGCAAGGAAAAGGGGGUAUGGGCUGGUAUGAAAUGUACAACAAGAUCAAAACAUUGCUGAAAGUUGCUGACCCUCCUGAUUACAUUAUUCUACAUUGUGGUGGUAAUAAUAUUGGGUACACACCAAUCAAACAGCUUAUACAAGAUAUGAAAGGUACAAUUGACAAAAUUUGGAAACUUUUACCCAAUACAAAGCUUGUAUGGUCACAAAUAUUGCCUAGAAAGAACUGGUAUUCAUCAGAUAGCAUAGAAAAAAUGAAUAAUUCUGCAAAAAGAAUCAACAGUUCAGUGGCGGCUUAUAUAGUAAGGAAUGGGGGAUGUUAUAUCAAGUAUUUGGAUAUCAAACUUGUAAACACAAAUCUUUUUGAGGCAGAUGGGGUCCAUAUAUCAAAUAUAGGCAAUGAAAUUUUUCUCAACAACAUUAGUGCAGGGUUAGAACAAUUUAUAACGAAUGGAUGGCAAGUGUAUCCAAAGUUAUACUAGAAUUUGGACGGGGUAUUUUGUGGCAAGGUCUUGGCUCCAGGAACUAGCCGCUUCCCCCCCUUGGUGGCGGUGGCUUCAAUGGUUAAUAUUGUAACCAUUUCCGCCAUGUGGAAGAAUGCGCGUCUGGUUCCUGUGAUUGGACAUUGAAUGAUUUGAUUGGACAAUAUUGUAUGUAUUGAAUUAUUUGGUGACAAUUUGGUCACAUAUAUAUAUGAUACACUUUGAUUGCCGCUCACCGGAAUCAUAGUCAUAUGGUUUUUUGUUUAAUUGAAAAUUGACAUUUUAAUGAUUGAUGUUUGGGGGUGAUUGCAAAUCGUCUCAUUGCCGUCAACCGGAAUGAGAAGAUCUGCGAAAUUUGUUGCUUGAUUUUAUGAUAUAACAUUAGGCAAUGAUGUGUUUUUGGCCUGUACCAUUUGGGUGUCAAUACACAGGUGUAAUUUACAUGGUAAAAUUUUAAUGUAAAACUUUAAAAUUUUACUCAUUGCCUAGUUGCCAAGACCAACAACAGCCACAAUGGGGAGGGGGGUGUUGUUAUAAAAUACAAUAAGUGCAAAAAAAUAAACUUGUAUAUAGGUAAACAUAAUGUUAUGUCUUUAUUUCCAUCCCAGGACAAGGUCAGCUUACAAGUACAAUGUACACUACAAACUGCUAUCAUUUUGAAGUUUUGCAAGGCUGGUCUAUAAUAAUAAGAUUUAUAGAAUUAACUAUAAAUCCAUUUAUUUUAGCCAGACUUAAAUAUAUUUUAUUUCUGAGGAUUUUUUCGGAAACACUAUUCCGGAAUCCUACCGGAAAUAAGUUGGCAAAUAGAAUAGCAUUUCCUUUUAUGACGAGGCAAUUUCGGGAGAACGGUGAGAUAACAGUCGAGACAACAUUUUAAUUUCCCUUCCCACCCAUCCCAAAAAGUUGUAAGAAUAUGUACUGCGGAAAAUGUUUUCAAUUUUUCAGGUGAGCUCGAUUCUUGGAUAUAGUUCUGGUUAUAGGAAAAGAAACAAAUACAAUGGAGUGUGUUUGAAAAGACUGUCUUGGCAACUUGGGGCCAGAUAAAGUACAUUUUUGAUUACGGAACACAAGAAGAAUGCGCGUCUGGUUCCUGUGAUUGGACAUUGAAUGAUUUGAUUGGACAAUAUUGUAUGUAUUGAAUUAUUUGGUGACAAUUUGGUCACAUAUAUAUAUGAUACACUUUGAUUGCCGCUCACCGGAAUCAUAGUCAUAUGGUUUUUUGUUUAAUUGAAAAUUGACAUUUUAAUGAUUGAUGUUUGGGGGUGAUUGCAAAUCGUCUCAUUGCCGUCAACCGGAAUGAGAAGAUCUGCGAAAUUUGUUGCUUGAUUUUAUGAUAUAACAUUAGGCAAUGAUGUGUUUUUGGCCUGUACCAUUUGGGUGUCAAUACACAGGUGUAAUUUACAUGGUAAAAUUUUAAUGUAAAACUUUAAAAUUUUACUCAUUGCCUAGUUGCCAAGACCAACAACAGCCACAAUGGGGAGGGGGGUGUUGUUAUAAAAUACAAUAAGUGCAAAAAAAUAAACUUGUAUAUAGGUAAA